AUGACGGAAAAGGGCGUAUCAGGUGCCGGCUUCGACAAAAACUCAUCCGCCAAGUCCAAGGCUGAUGCAGCAAAGGAUGCGCGCGCGAAAGAAUCACAUUCAUCUGCGGCCAAGUCUGAAACCUCUGGCAGUCAUGCCAGUCCCAAAGAAGCGCCGCAAGGUCAAUCACGCGACAUGAUGGAAGUCCAGGUGGUGCCUCGGAAAGUCGAGGUCCCGGAUGCUGCCGGUCAGCAAAUCCUGUCCGAUGGUACGAUCGGAAUUCCACCAUCCUCAGUACAGCCAGCAAACAUUCCUACUUCCGGUCAAAGUCUCGAUGGCAACCCCCAGCAGUUGAUGCCUUAUAAUGACUGGAUGGGCGGACAAAACCAGUUCCAGGACAUGCACUCUCUCCAUCCAUCGUAUAUGUUCAAUGCGCCCGAAGUGACCAACGAGUACAAUUUGCUCGGCGAUUUCCUCAGUAAUAGUCUUCUAGAUGAUGGGACAAUGUUCCAAAAUCAGGAUACACAGGGGAUCUACUCCGACCCGACAUUGAUGAACUCGAUGAACACACUGAACAUACCGAACGGACUUCCACCCCCAAGCCAACUGCCACCACCAGCGGUACCACAAGGAGAAUCGAUUCAACGUUUGAACCCUACUAUCGGCAAUGACAAAGCUCGUGAAACAUAUUACAUGACUGCAGCGGAUCCGUCUGGCUCAGACCCACCAGAGGAGCGGAUGAACAAGCUUCUGAAAGCUAAAUAUGAUGCUGGAUUGUUGAAGCCCUUCAACUAUGUCAAGGGAUAUGCCCGCCUGAACCAAUACAUGGAGAAGAAUAUGCAACAGCUAUCUCGCCAAAAGAUUCUCCGUCAACUCGACAAGUUUCGACCGAAGUUCAGAGAGCGUAUGCAGAGUUUGACAGAUAUCGAGUUGAUUUUGGUGGAGAUGUGGUUUGAGCGAAGUCUGAUGGAAUACGAUCGAGUAUUCGCCAGUAUGGCCAUUCCCGCCUGCUGCUGGCGCCGAACCGGCGAAAUUUUCCGUGGUAACAACGAGAUGGCGCAAUUGAUUGAUGUGCCGAUUGAGAGUCUGCGAGACGGAAAACUUGCUAUCCACGAAAUAAUCGUGGAGGACCAGCUGGUCAGCUACUGGGAAAAAUUUGGAGCGAUCGCUUUCGACAACACCCAGAAGGCUAUGCUGACCAGCUGUACAUUAAAGAACCCCAACGGCUCCGGUGAGGGGAUACAGUGCUGUUUCUCCUUCACGAUCCGACGAGACAACCACAAUAUUCCCUCUCUCAUAGUUGGAAACUUCCUGCCUACACAGCGGAUUCACAAGUAG